GGCAAAAAGCCAUUAAGCCGCCGUUCCCUGUUUAACGACGGGCAACGGAGGCCAGUAAAUGUUUCUUAAUAUGAAAUUGUGGCAGCAGUGCGAUACUUUAUCGGUUGCUCAUUUUCCGCAACUGAUCAAAAUUGGAUUAACCAUUCACUUCUGUGGGCCACAAUAUGGAUAAAGAGAGGAGAAAUUAGUGAAAAUGGCAUCUAACCACAUGGGUCAUUUUUCGACAGCAUCGGUGAAGGUCGAUGUGUUAGCGGCCGGCAAGAAUUGUCAGCAACUUGUGAAUUCGUCGACGUGUCCUGAUAGUGGAUUUGAUGUUAGUCAUACCGACGCUUAUCACCAUACCAAUUCCGUGGAUCACUCUAGCACAGCCGGACAGGAUGGUGCCUCAUCCACAACCGAGAAGCCAUCCAAACAAAAGCGCCAUCGCACACGCUUCACACCCGCUCAGCUGAAUGAACUGGAACGCUGUUUUGCCAAAACGCAUUAUCCAGAUAUAUUUUAUCGGGAGGAAAUCGCCAUGAGGAUCGCUCUCACAGAAUCACGGGUACAGGUGUGGUUUCAAAACCGACGAGCCAAAUGGAAAAAGCGCAAGAAGUCAACCAAUGUAUUUCGCAACCCAGGUCUGAUGGGACCGUCGCACGGCCUGCCGCCCUUCGGCACCACGGACCCCUUUGUAACACCUCCUGCAUUUCCCAAUCUUGGCAGUGGCAACGGAUCUGAUGGUAGAUGCUGGCCGUCGCAACCAUUCACGCAACUCAGUCUCAAUUCUGCCAAUAAAUUCCCCAAUCUUGGAGCAGAAUACUCUUGGGCCGGACUUGCAGCCCCUUCGAGCAGCGUUACAAAUCAGUCUUCCCUCGAUCACAACAUGUAUGUUGGCUCUAAUCCGUUCACAUGCACUGGAUUUCCCCAGACCGGUGUCGUUGCGUCUAACAAUGGAUCCGUAAAUACAUCUGCCGGCCAGGCCGACAUCAGCGGUUCAUACAGCGAACCCGAAGGAUGGAGAGGAACCAGUAUUGCCAGUCUGCGUCGGAAAGCCAUGGAACACGCAGCAACAAUGACCAGUUUCCGUUAAUUUGCAUAUCCAUACCGCUAAAUAUAAGACAUGUGGGUUGCACUAAUAGCCGAAUCUCCAAAAUCUACCAUCGACACAGCUUCGGUUUCAAUUUUCAUUUUGAGUAUCUCGGUUGCCUGCAGAACUAACAAUUAUAUCGACCUACAGCGUCUACAUCUCAGCACUCAAGAAAGAUUUGCAAACAGUUAUUUAUAAAUAACUGCGAACAUCAAAACUGCUCUUGGAGUAC